AUGGCAAAAAAACAUUUGUUUUUCUCCUACGUUGUUGAUCUCUCUAUCUUAAUCCUCUUCAUGUCAAAGCCAUGUUUCUGUGGUACCCAAUACAUCGGCAAAAUCUUACCUGGGACACAAGGUUCACAAAUGAACUGGAUUGACAGAGACGGUAAAUUCCUCCUCUCAAAAAACCUAAAUUUCGCUUUCAGUUUCAUCACCACCGUCAACGACUCCACCAAGUUUCUUCUAGUAGUCCUCCACGUAUCAAGCUCCACCGUGAUUUGGACUGCAAAUAGAGAAAAACCUGUUUCCAAUUCUGAUAACAUGGUCUUUGAUAAAAAAGGAAAUGUUUUUUUAUCUAAAGAUGGAAUUUUGAUUUGGUCUACAAACACAACUAACAAAGGGGUUUCUUCAAUGGUGUUGCAGGAUAAUGGAAACCUGGUUUUGCUUGGGGGUGAUAAUAACAGUACGGUGAUUUGGCAGAGUUUUGAUUUUCCGACUGAUACUUUGUUGCCUCAACAGGUUUUUAAGGAGGGUAUGAAGCUUACUAGUGAACCUGGUUCGAAUGGUUUGGUUUAUGUUCUUGAGAUUGAAUCUGGGAAUGUUGUUCUUUCUGCUGCUUUUAAGAUACCUCAGGUUUAUUGGACUAUGCAGAAGGAUAACCGGAAGACGGUUGAUAAGGACGGCGAUGUUGUGGUUUCGGCGAAUUUAAGUGAUAAUUCUUGGAGAUUUUAUGAUGAGAAGAAGUCUUUGUUGUGGCAGUUCAUUUUUUCGGCUGAUGCUGGUGUGAAUGCAACAUGGAUUGCUGUUUUGGGACGGGAUGGUGUUAUAAGUUUCAAGAAUCUCAAUAGUGGUGGAUUGAACGGUGAUUCAUCGACGAGGAUACCGCAGGAUCCUUGUAGCACACCGGAGCCUUGUGAUCCUUACAGUAUAUGCACGGCUAAUCUUAGUAGCAGGUGUAGCUGUCUUUCUGUAGUUCCGAGCUGUAAACCUGGUUUUGUUUCUCCUUGUGAUGAUGGUAAACCAGGAAAAUCUGUUGAACUUGUGAAAGGUGAUGAUGGGAUUGGUUACUUUGCUCUUGAUUAUCUUCAGCCGUUUUCGAAAACUGAUAUGGCUGGCUGUCAAACGUCGUGCCGAGGAAAUUGUUCUUGUCUUGCAAUGUUCUUCCAUAAGAGUUCGGGAAACUGUUUCCUUUUGGAAAGUGUGGGAAGUUUUCAGAAAUCUGAGAAUGGUGAUAAUGGUUAUGUUUCUUACAUUAAGGUAUCAAGUGAUGGAGGCAAAAAAGGAAGUGGAGUUAGACCUGCACAUAUUGUUGUCAUUGUUGUUAUUGUCGUAUUAACUUUGUUUGUGAUUUCUGUUCUGAUCUUUGUUGGGGUUAGAUACUACAGGAAAAAGAAAAGGUUACCUGAAUCUCCAAGAGAGAAUUCAGAAGAGGACAAUUUCUUGGAGAAUUUAACCGGUAUGCCAAUCCGCUACCGAUACAAAGAUCUCGAAGUUGCAACUAAUAACUUCUCAGUGAAGCUUGGUCAAGGAGGCUUUGGUUCAGUUUAUAAAGGAGUUCUACCUGACGGAACUCAAUUAGCUGUGAAGCAAUUGGAAGGUAUCGGUCAAGGGAAGAAAGAGUUCAGAGCCGAAGUUAGCAUCAUCGGAAGCAUUCAUCAUCUUAAUUUGGUAAGGCUUAAGGGAUUUUGCGCAGACGGAACUCAUAGGCUUUUAGUUUACGAGUAUAUGGCUAAUAACUCGUUGGAUAAAUGGAUAUUCAAGAAGAAAAAAGGCGAAUUUCUUUUGGAUUGGGAUACAAGGUAUAACAUAGCAGUAGGAACAGCGAAAGGGCUAGCAUAUCUGCACGAAGAUUGUGACUCAAAGAUUGUCCACUGCGACAUAAAACCAGAAAAUGUACUUCUAGACGAUCAUUUCAUGGCUAAAGUCUCUGAUUUCGGUUUAGCCAAGCUCAUGAACAGAGAACAAAGCCAUGUUUUCACAACACUAAGAGGAACGCGCGGAUACCUUGCACCAGAGUGGAUAACAAACUACGCUAUAUCAGAGAAAAGCGACGUAUACAGCUACGGAAUGGUGUUGCUAGAGAUUAUUGGUGGGAGGAAGAACUAUGAUACUGACGAGAGUUCAGAGAAAAACUAUUUCCCAAGUUUCGCAUUCAAGAUGAUGGAGGAAGGGAAAAUGAGGGACAUACUUGAUUCGGAGCUGAAAAUUGAUGAGCAUGAUGAUAGGGUACAUUGUGCUAUAAGGGUUGCAUUGUGGUGUAUACAAGAAGACAUGUCAAUGAGACCAUCAAUGACAAAGGUUGUUCAAAUGUUGGAAGGUCUUUGUACUGUUCCUAAACCACCAACUAGUUCUUAUUUGGGUUCUAGACUUUAUGCAAAUGUGUUUAAAUCAUCUAGUGAAGGAGGAAAUUCUUCUGGUCCAUCAGAUUGUAAUAGUGAUCCUUAUUUAUUAGCAGUUCGUCUUUCUGGCCCAAGAUAA